CAGCCAAGUGAGACCUUGUAGUUGCCUUGUGGAGUUUGCAGGAAAGGAUUUGGUAGUAACUCAAUUUUUUGUCAUACCUGCAAGCAUUGGGUACAUAAGAAGUGCAGUAGUAUUGGUGGAAGGUUAAGAGCUGACAUUCAGUUUGUAUGCAAGCGUUGCAAAGGUGAGAUUAUAGAGAAUGAAGUAUUUCCAGCUUUAAUGAUGUACAACAGUGGCUCGUUAGAGAUAGUUGAGAACUUCUGUUACUUGGGUGAUAUGUUGGGCAGUGAAGGGGGUGUUGGAAGAAGUGUUACUUGCAGGAUAGGUUCUGCUUGGAAAAAGUUCAGAGAGUUACUUCCUUUGUUGACUGCCAGAGUCCUGUCAAUUGAGGUAAAAGGUAGGUUGUAUGAGGCCUGUGUAAGAAGUGUUAUGUCGUACGGUAGUGAGACAUUGGCAGUGAAGCAGGAAGAUCUUGACUGUUUAGAAAGGAAUAAUAUGAGAAUGGUUAGGUGGAUGUGUAACGCCAGUCUGAGAGACAGAAAGAGUUCAGAUGAGUUAAGAAGCAGGCUAAGUCUCCGUAGAAUUAAAGAUGUUAUCCAGAUAAGAAGAUUGAAUUGGCUGGGGCACUUUGAAAGAAUGGAGGAGGAUAAUUGGGUAAGAAAGUAUAGAGACUGGAUAGUUCCUGGGGCAAAGCCCAGAGGCAGACCAAGAAAGACUUGGCAGGAGGUUAUAAGGACAGACUUGAUACAGAGGAAGUUGAGUUUAGAUCUAACACAGUCUAGAUCAGAUUGGAAGAGGGUCAUUAAUAUAACCCGUCCAACCCAUGCUAGCAUGGAAAACGGACGUUAAGCCGAGAAUGAUGAUGAUGAUGAUGAGAGGAGUUAAAUCCAGAUAAGAAGAUUGAGUUUGUUAGGACAUAUGCAAAAAAUGGAUAAUUGGGUAAGAAAGGUAGAAUUGAUAGUUCCUGGUGCAAAGCUUAAAGGUAGACUUGGCAGGAAGACAAACUUGAUUUAAACGAAUUUGAGUUUAGAACUACCAUGGUCUAGAUCAGAAUGAGAGAAUGUCUUUAAUACACCCCAUAAUAUACCCAUGCUAGCAUGGAAAAUGGUAGUAGGCCUAUGAUGUUAAGACAUCAGAAAUUUUCUUUCCCUUAGGUAUAAUAUUAAAGAAUUCUUUUCCAAGACACACAAAACCUUCAUUAUCAGUAUUUAUAUUUAUGCUUAAAGUACGAAAAUAAAGACAUAAAAGAAUGGGCAAUCUACAGUUCUUCUUGUAUUCGGUUUAUUAAAUGAUUACUCUGUGUAACAACCACCUUUAUGACUCUGCUAACAGUGGGAAAUUUCAAAACCAAAUGAGCAACAUGACCUUUAUAAAACAACCAGAUUUUGAUCUUUCAUUACUUAUUUAUGAGAAUACUGUAAUGUUAUUUCUGCUAAAUUUAUUUUUCAUAAUACUAGAUCUAGUUUUUACCAAAAAUAAUAAAACACUACUGUUAGAGUGUAUUCAGUUCUGACCAGUCCAUCAGUAAAUAAAUAAAAUAAAUAUAUGUGCAACAAAAAUUCCAAUGCAUAAUGAAAAAUUCUAUAGGUAUCACCCACAGUACAUAUUUGCAUAUCUUAUCACAUUGCAUACCUCAUGAUCUCAUUGUAAGCUUGCACUGGUGUGCAUUUCACUUGCUGCCACUAACGAUUAGAGUAGAAGAAUUGUGUCAAAGUUCCAUGUUCAACUGCUGCUUGACUGAAGUCUACAAAACUAAAAAAAAUUUGCCAAAACACCAAUUCUCAAAGAAAAAAUAAAAUUGGGAUUGAUUUUUUCGUAAAGUUAACUGCUGCAACUUGACCUGUCUAAUUUUCCUGAAGCUUGGAAACAACAUUUUUGGCAUGGUUAAUAAAGUU